CGCGGUGCAGCGGCAGCUUUAGUUCAACUUCAGAGACCCGUUCAAAAAGCGUACCAGUGUGUAAUCUUACCCUGCUUUCUGAUCUUAAAAGUACGUGAGAAUUGGGUGCUUUUUGGAACGAUCAGAAGUGUCGACUUGGUCAGUUGGUAUCUCACUAACCAAGCUCAGAGUGGCAUGUGAAGACAGGGCCGUCAUCGAUAUUUUCUUCGAAGAAUAAAGCGAGCUGAUUUACCAAAUGUGACAAGAUUUAGUGCAGGAAGCCAAGAGACAUUCAGCAGUGAUCAGGUCUGGCCGGCGCCACGGUGAAGUUGUUUCCCGUCCUCACAGGGUCCGGCCGGCGUCACGGUGGGUAACGCGGUGGUCCUCUCGCUGCUGCGGAUGGCUCCCGGCUCCGGGACGGGCUGCCGCUCCCCGCCGGCUGCGCUGCCCUCCGGCGCGGCCGGCACCCGGCUGGCGGCCGCCUGUGACGCCGUGGAGCGCCGGCUACAGACCGCCGCCGACCUGCUGCUGCUCACCAGCGACGCGCGGCCGGUCAGCGGUGCCGGCGGCGGUCCGCCGCUGCCGCGCUGCCGGGACGCGGCGGCCGGCCGCGCGCGGGCCCUCUACCUGGUGGCCAGGGACAUCGCGGCGCUGCUGCAGGCCGGUGCCGGGCACGCCGACCGGGUGACACAGGCGCUGGCGCAGCUUGGGGAGCUCGGCGUGGCGCUGACCGAGAGCUGCGCAGAGGCCGGAUACCUGGCAGCUGUGGCGCUGCCCGGCUGCGCGCCGGCGCUCCAGGGACCUGUGGACCGGUACCAGCUGUGCCGCGCCGCCGCCGAGGUGGACACCGGGUGCUCCAUUCUGAAGCUGUACUCUCACUCCUCAAUGCCAGCCUCGUUGCUCUCCGAACUGUGCUCAGUCACCAGCGAGAGCGCCGUCAGCCUCAUCGAGGCCUGCACCGCCGCCGCCCAGCGGGUCGACCACCCCUGCACGCGCCAGCUACUGCUGCAGGGUGGUCGGGCCGCCAGCGCGGCACUGGAGGCUUUUCAGGCCAGUGCUAAACUAUCGGCCUCCUCUUGUGAAGAUGACGGCAGCAUCAGCGAACAUACCGACGGGGACAGGAACGGUAACCUCUCUGUCGGUCCGACUACCGACCGCGGCAGUCUGCCGGCCUGCCACCUCUUCGCCGAGAGCCUGGUGGCCGCCUGCAACUCCCUGGUGGUGUUUGCCACCCAGGACAGCUCUCUGACCGGCCGCCCGGCGCGGCUGACCGAGCCGGCCCGGGACGCCCUGCACGACCUCUUCAGCGCCUGUAUGAGUAUCGUGUCGCCGUGUGUGCUGGUGUGCUCUCUGGUGCGCCGACUGGCCACCGAGGGGGAGAGGAAGCGGGGAGCGACCCGGCUGCGGGUCCAGCAGUGCCAGGCGGUUAUAAUGAAGGCGUCAGUGCAGCUGUCCCAGGCGCUCGGAGUGCCCGGCUACGAGAUGUGACCGCUGGAUGUCAGGAGGUUAUAAUGAAGGCGCGUGCGUGCAGCUGUCCCAGGCGCUCGGAGUGCCCGGCUACGAGAUGUGACCGCUAGAUGUCAGGAGGUUAUAAUGAAGGCGCGUGCGUGCAGCUGUCCCAGGCGCUCGGAGUGCCCGGCUACGAGAUGUGACAGCUAGAGUGUGACAGGAACCGACACGCAGGGCUAAAGCAUACUAAUUUGGUAACUAUGCAUUCUGCUGGAUUAUCGACAAGAUUGUCAGGGCAGGUCCAAUGCCCAUUUUACAAAUAGGUACUCUUGCAUUUAUGUGUGAAGCGAUGAUACACUCAUAGUUUUCUGAAAAGGCUACUCUAACAUACAUAGCAACGUUGCACUUAUGUAAAUGAUAACGAUAAAUGCGUUUACCUAAAGAGGAUAGGAUUACCCAGAGGCCAGAGGUGUUCGAUACAUGGACCAGUUAUAUAGACAUAUCAGUGUCAGUGCAUGGUGUUCACAUUCCAGGGGCCAGGGCUCUUGACAGGAAAAGUACCCGAUCUGCGAUGGAAGGUACUUCACCAGCUCUCUGGAGACGGUUCCGUCUACCUCUGGAUUCGCGCAUUGAACCGGAACGGAAUAUAAACGUUAACAGUCGGAAUAAAGACGAUACUGGUCACUGAAA